CGGGGAUCAGUUCAGUUGGCAGGCGGUACAACAGCAGCAGCGGAUGGUUCAGAUUCGGCUUUCAGCCUCAAACCGAGAUUUUCUACUGCAUUAUUCUGUGUGUAUGUGAAACAAAAGAACAGUCUGGUGAGGUUGCUGAGGGACAGAUGAGAUUGAUAGGUGAUAUUGUAUGGAAUGACAACCUCACACAGAUAUAUUGAAUCCAAACCAGCGGCUCGGUUUGCUGACAUGGAGUGGCAGACACCAGCUGUGUCAGAGAAGUUCCAAAGCCGUUUUGGCCGCCGGCCUGGAACAGCGGACAGUGGGGACACAGGUCUUGGCACCUCAACGUCUGACAGCACAGAAGAUUUCUGCAGUUCCAGCAGCAGCCCCUCUUUCCAGCCCAUCCGCAGUCAGAUCCCCAUUCCCACUGCACAUGUCAUGCCAUCCACGGCCGGAGCCCUGGCCUCUAAGCCCCAGUCAUACGUCCAGGAGGGAUCCCUGUCAUCUGUUGCGGGCCACAGGUCUUCCUCUGGCUCCAGAACCACAAGUGGCUCCACCUCGAAGUCUUCCUCUCUCUCCAAAUCAGCAUCUUCGCCCAACCUGGAUGCUCAGGCAGCCGUGGGAGUUGAUCAUGUGGGGCCCGACUGCCUGAGCCGCUACCGCAGCCUUGUCAAUGGGCUGGACCACUCUCUUUUCCCCUCGGAUCACACGCGAAUGGAUGAGGGCCAGAGGUUUGACACUCCUGCUGUGGAGCCUACGCUAAAUCAGUCAGCCCUGUUGGGGGGGUUAUGCCCUGAUGUUAGACUCCGAUUACAGGCGACUGGGAUUAGAGACGCCCCAGACUGUGUGUCUGAGGCCUAUAGAGGAAGCAUGGAGCACAGUUAUAAGGUUCUGCCUGAAGCUAGGUCUGGGGUUCCAGGCACAGCAGAAACCUCUAAUCAGAGGAGCAGUCAGCCUGGUGCGGCCGGAUCCGCUGGAGUUUAUGCAAACCCUCUCAGCCUGCAGGCACAGGCUCUGCUGAGGGAGCAUGCAGGCUCCAAAGUUUAUGAGCCAUUGCGGCAGGACAGAUGUGGGGAACUAUCCAGCUGGCAGCAACAACAGCAACAACAGCAACAUAAGCAGCAACUGGAGAGUUUACGCCUGCAAGUGGAACAAAUGCAGCUCCUGAGUGCUGGAGGGGGUCAGUACCCAUCUCUGUACUCAACGACAGUUCACUCUGAUUCUGGCAAGUGGGACGCUUUGGUCAAAGCCAGUGAAAGUCUGCUCAAGGAAAAGGAGCUUAUUAUUGAGAGACAAAAGCAGCACAUGACCCAGUUGGAACAGCGUCUGAGGGAAAGCGAGCUGCAAGUCCACGGAGCCCUCCUGGGUCGAGGAUCUUCUUACGGGGAUAUGUGUAUGCUGAGGCUACAGGAGGCUCAGAGGGAGAAUGCGUUCCUUAGGGCGCAGUUUAGCGAGCGCUCUGACUGCGUUGUCCUGGAGAAAGCGGAGGCGGAGCGCAGACUGGGGUCGGUUGAGGCUGAGACACGCCGACUAACGGACAGCCUGAAGGAGACCUGUGAGAGACACGUGGAGGAGAUGAAGAAACAGGAAGAGAGGAUCCGCAGUCGAGACAAGCACAUCAACAACCUGAAGAAGAAGUGCCAGAAGGAGUCGGAGCUGAAGAGAGAGAAUCAGCAGCGUAUUGAGACUCUGGAGCGUUAUUUAGCUGACCUUCCCACCUUGGAGGACUACCAGAGCCAGAACAAGCAGCUUGUAGAGGCUGAACAGCAGGCAGCUCAGCUACAAGAGAAGGUACAAGAUUUGGAGGCCUGUCUAGAGACGACGUGCUCGCAACUACGGGAAAAAGACGCACAGCUGGAAGAUCAGAAGCGCAGGGAGAGAGACCUGCUGACCACCAUUACCGAUAUGCAGCAGCGGGUACAGCAGGGCCUUGAGGAUGGAGCUAGGCUGCCUUCAGUGGAUAUGGAGAAGCUCCGAGGAGAAAACAAUACUAUGAGAGAGGAGCAGCAGAGACUCAAAAAGGUCAUUGAGAAGCAGCACCGAAUGAUGGAACAGCUUGGCUCUCAGAUCCAGGCUUUGGAGGUGCAGAUAUCUCAGGAAGAGAGCAGCUCUCAGGCUCUCAGAGAAGAUGUGUUGGCCAAAGAACAGAAUGUCGUAGAGCUCCACACAGCCAUGAAGGAGCUGGCGGCCCAGAACCAGGAACUGAUGGAGCAGAAUCUGACCCUGCAGGAGCAGAUGAGUGAUCCGGACCAGAGGAGCACUAACCAGGCGUCCUGUACUUUGCAGCCGGCCGGGGCUCGUCUCACGCAGAGGCUGCAUGCAGAGAUCGCCUCCUGCCUCAGUGACCUGCGCUCCCUGUGCAGCAUUCUGACCCAGAGAGCUCAGGGACAAGACCCCAACCUCUCCCUGCUGCUUGGUCUCACAUCGCCCCCACCAGUGACACAGCAGGACGAGAACUGGAUGAAUCCAGAGGUGCUGCAGAAGAAGCUGGUUGAAGCUCAACAGCUCCGUCGGGAUGUCGAGGGACUACGCAAUGUAAUACUGGACCGGUACGCGCAGGACAUGGGAGAAAACUGCGUCACCCAGUAACCUUGCCACCAAACUCACAAAAGCCCCACUUUCACCUCUGAAGCAUCUAAAACGGGCUCGUCUUUCACGACUUGUUACUGAAUGUCAGAAAGAGGACUGGAAUUUAAUUUUCAUAAAAUGAGGACAGAGAAAUGCCCAAAUGGUUUAGCUGCUGCUGCUUCUUCUUUCGACUGACUGUACGUCGAUUCUCAAGCCUGCCUGUAGCUCAGACUCCUCUCACCCCCCCUCCCCCGGUGAGUUCAUCUAUUUCAGUCCAAGGGCUAACGGAAAAUAACUUUCCUCUAAUACUUGAUCCUUAAGCAUUGUGUGUGUGUGUGUGUGUGUGUGUGUGUGUGUUUGUGUUUGUUUUUUAUUAAUGAUGACAUGAAUAUUGUCAGUUACCAAACAGUCUUACUUUUUGUUCCACUCCAGUGGAUAACUAUUUGUGUAGAAGUCCCACAAAUAUAACUUAUUUAAAUCUUAAUUUCGCUCUCGAGGGGAAUUAUCCAAGAAGUGGUUGACAAUCAACUGAAAAUACUUUAACCUGUGCUUUUAACAGAAUUCACAAUUAAAUGUUACUAACAUGCCAUUAUUUAAAAUGGUGAGCACUGUAACACGAGACUCUGCUGUGAGGUAUAAGACUUGAUACUGAAGGGUUUAAUACCAAAUGGGCUUCUCACACCAACAGGCCUAAAACAGUUUUUAUUACCAAAGAAACUCUGGUCAAAGCAGUUGUGUGAGUCUGUGAAUGUUUGUGAACGCUUCUCUUCGCUGCAGGCCUUGCUCUGAAUGAAUACCAACAUGUGCCUUUCUGUCACGUUUGCAGCCACAAUGCUAAUUAAUUUUAGACCAACCACAAAGGGCUGUUUGCAGCUGACUCUUCCAAUAUGACCUUUCUCAGCGUAUCAACCAGCGGGAUUGUCGAUACAUUCCCUGACUCUGAAUGUAGCGGAUAACUUUGGGCCACAUCACAGAGCUUGUUGAGGCCCCGACACUUCUUCUUUGUAGAAUCUUCUCCGAGCAGAUAAAUAACGUCACAGUUUACCGUACAUUACAAGUUGAUGAUGGCUGACUCGCAUUCAACAGAGUGGUUAACUGUUUCAUAAAUGUACGACUGAGAAACGGUAUUAAUCUUCAGUAUUAUUUAUUUUUUAUUGUUUGCAUUGACAACUCAGUGUAAAAGCCUUCUGAUGUGUUGCUGAAAUGAUGUGUUUGAGCGAACUUGUGUAAAGGUCCCAUGAAGUGGCUUUUAGAUUGUAAUUUUCUCCUGUGGUUUGACGUGUUUCUCAUCUGAUGAGAUGUUCAGGCUGAUUGUCAGCCGUCAGUGAGGGUCCUUCACCUUCUUCAGGCCGAAGAAUGUUUUAAUCCCACGUGAUGAUGAUGGGAGGGGUAGGCUGGAUCGCCCCCAAAUCAUCAAUCAUCAAUCACAUUGUACUGGAUGGAGUUUUAUAUUUGCCCGAGUGCAAGAUAAGCCAUUAAAAAAAAAAAAAAAGCUUGACACUUUACUGGAAGAAAAAGGGAUUUUAAUAUAAAUAUAUGCAA